AGUUAGAUCUUCUCAAAAAUUUCAUUCUUCUUCUUGUGACUUUUCUUGUACCACUUCUCGAAUCUCAAAAAAAAGUAGCAAAAUGAUGGAGGACGAUGCUGAAGGUGAAAUUGGGGACAUGCUUUCAAUGUGUAAUAGACAGCCGUUUUUGAUGAGUCUUUACAGUAUUUUUACCGUGAUCGACGAACCAGUUGAAGGAAAACAACCAAGUUCAGCAGUUUUCGUCUACGAGGAAUUGGCGAAGUUUGGAGAUUUUUGCAAGUUGUUUAAAAUGGAAGAAUCUUAUAUAAAUGUUGACCAAGUAGUUCAAGAGAUUGCGAACAUACAAUCAAGAUAUGCUAUUCACCUGAGCUCUCACUCACUAAAAAACACAAUCCAGAUCGUCAGAACUGCCUUUCCCAAUGGGUAUACUCAAAACGAUAAGAAUGGAAAUGUUCCAGAAGGGAAUAAGGUCAAGUUCGAUGGAGAUGAAACUGUUAUGAAAACCACUGUCGAUUGUGAGCAACUUGUCAAGGAUAUCAAAGAGUUCAUGGAGGAGGAUAGACAGAAGUAUGGGGAAUUGGAAAUCCAAAUUAUAGAAGAGUCAGAAAGAAACCUCGAUGGUUAUGCCUACUUCAGUUUUCUGAAAUUUGUUCCAUGUGGAACCAUACACCUUCGAAUCCCUCCAUUAAAAGAAAGUUGCACCAAAGAAGUCAUCAACAAAGUCAUUGAAAGAAUCAUGCGCAGUUUUUGGAAGUAUUGUUGAGAGAAUUAGCUUAGAUGAGGAGUACGACCUUGUGCGAACAUGAUUAAAAUAAUAAUAUUGUGCCAGAAUGUUAUAAUAUCAAAAUAAAAUUAUUCAAACAAAACUUGCA